AUGUCAGUCGAGGUUAGCUUGGGCACCCCUCUUGCGGAUGCGCUCGACGCCGCGAUCAAACCCAAGCUUAUCGAAGUUGGAUGGGGCACUGGCUCCGAUGACUCUGCGUCGCUGUCCGAGUACAUUGUCCUUAUGCUCGUCAACGGAAAAAGCCAAGAUCAGAUUGCCGCAGACUUAUCCAACGAUUUACUUGAUCUUCCAGCCGAUGAUCCCACAGUCCAUGCGUUUUCCAGAUGGCUCUUUGAGCAAGUUGGUCUCCUGAACAGCCAAUUGAACGGUGGCAACUCUGCUGGUGGUGAUACCAUGAAUGGCGCAUCACAAGAAAUGGCACAGGGAGGAGAAAUGGACACCGAUAUGAACACCAAUGAUGUGUCAGAAUUGAAUGCUCCCACUGGACCACGAUCGAUGCGAAAUGGAAACUUCAGAGGCAACCGAGAGAAACGUAUGCUUGGCCACAUGUCAAAAGCCAUGGACCGAACUGGCGACAACGCACUUCACAGGGUUCGAGGUAACGGUAACGAGAGAAUUAACACUCAUGGCCGAACUCCACCGUCCGGUCCCAGAAAUGCACAAGGGCGGAUGCAACGCGGCAACCGCGCCGCAAACCUCCAGGCCGGUUUAGCCGCAGGUCCCCAGAAUGGCGCGUGGAUGAUGAACGGGCAACAGCCAAGCGAGAUGGACAUCAUGGCCAUGAUGGAGCAGCAAAACCAGAUGAUGUUUCAGUUGUCACAACAGUUGAUGAGCGGAGGAGCAAACAACAAUAGGGGGUUUGGAAACCAGCGCCGUGGCAAAUCACUGUUCGACAGGGUUCAAAACCCUCACCAGCGAAGAGGAAAUCAACAUAAUCAACAAGCCAACGCCGACGGCUCAAGAGAGAAUACCGAGGGAGGCGAAGAUGUCGAAAUGUCUGGCGACAAGCGCAACCCUCCCAACCCCGACGAUACCGUGUGCAAAUACAACCUGCACUGCACAAACAGGGAGUGCAAAUUUGCUCACCAGUCCCCGGUUGCGCCUCCCGGCGUAACGGUGGAUGUCACCGAUGUGUGCAGUUUUGGGGCUGCUUGCAAGAACAGAAAAUGCGUAGGCCGACACCCAUCGCCAGCCACCAAGCUUGCGCACCAGGGCGAACAGGACUGCAAGUUCUUCCCCAAUUGCCAAAAUCCGCGAUGCCCAUUCAGACAUCCAUCGAUGCCUCUAUGCCGCAACGGUGCCAACUGCACCACCGAGGGCUGCAAGUUCACUCACGUCAAGACAAAGUGCAAGUUCAAUCCUUGCAUGAACCCGACUUGUGCUUUUGCGCACGAAGAGGGCCAGCAAGGCGGGUUUAAAGACAAGGUCUGGACUGCAGAGUCGGGCACCAAGGACCAUGUGAGCGACCGGAAAUUCGUAAACGACAACGGCGAGACAGAGCUUGUGAGGCCUGACGACAUGACGACGGACCAAGCGGCGCAGGACGCUGAGGUCAUCGGAUGA